AUGCCUAACUUCUUCCGCCUCAGGGCCUUUGCCCAAGCUGUGUUCUCCACCUGGGAUGCCCUUCCCCCAGCUCUCCUAACCCCCUUUCCCCAGGAGGAGCUGGUGGGGAUUGGCUGGAACUUGGCUGUGAGUCACAAAGCCAUUGUGGCACCAGGGCCCCAAGGCUGGCCAUUCGGGCCGGUCGGUUCAGCUUCAGGGGCAGGCAGAGCUGACCUGCUCAAGAAGAAAGACAAUGCAGCAAGCAACGCAGCCCCAGUUGUCACCCAAUGGGCAGAGCUUGUACCAGCCCCAUCCGACCCCAAUCUCCAAGACAAAGCACGGACACUGCGUCCAAAACCUCAGCAUGAGCCACUUGGUUCCAAGGAGAGCCUUCCGCAAGAUCUGGACAAGGACAAGAAGGCGACUCGUCACAUCCCACGCCUCCGGGCUGUGGUUGAGAGCCAGGCCUUCAAGAACAUCCUGGUAGAUGAGAUGGACAUGAUGCUGUCCCGUGCAGCCACCCUCAUCCAAGCCAACUGGAGAGGCUACCGGCUCCGGCAAAAGCUGAUCUCCCAGAUGAUGGCAGCCAGGGCCAUCCAGGAGGCCUGGAGACACUUCAACACCAAGCGUCUCCUCCGGUCUGGCAAGUUGGUGGAGAAAAAAGUGAGCGUGGAGGAGGGGGACAUCCCUUACCACCCCCCCCAGCAGGUGCGGUUCCAGCAUCCAGGAGAGAGCAAGUCCCCUCUGGCUCAGCCCAUCAUGGUGAGCAAAGAGACCCAGUUCCCUUCCUCCGACAGCCUGGCUGCCUGCACCCACCAGCUGGUCCUCCUGCAGACCCAGAGUACUCCACAGCCGGGCAUACGGGUCCCUUGUACCAUUGGAGGCCCCAACGUCACCUUCCUACCACACCAGACCGUUGCCAUCAGACUUCCAUGUCCAGUGAGUCUAGAUACAAAGUGCCGCCCAUGCCUGCUGACAAGAACCGUCAGAAAUUCCUGCCUUGUCCAUGUAGAAGGGGACACAGUGAAGACCAGGCAAGGAACUGCCAGAGCCAGCAAGUCAGGAGCCUCCGGGCCGCCACCACCUGUCAGGUCUGCCCCGGCAGUUCACCGAUCACUCAAGACCCAGACCCAGGACCACAUGGAAGCAGAGGUCUUCAAAGCCCCACCCCAGACAGGCCCAGCACCUGUGAUAACCAAGACCCCGCCCCAGCCGUGUGUAGUGCCCACGGGAACAGUAGCCAAGGCCCCACCCCAGAUGUACCCAGCGGCCCGGAUGACCAAGACCCCAACCGCGAUGUACCCAGCAGCCGCGAUGCCCAAGACCCCACUCCAGUCUUGCCUGGCAGCCAUGAUGAACAAGACCCCACCCCAGCCAUGCUCGACGCCCACGGCAACAAUAACCAAGACCCCACCCCAGAUGUACCAGGUAGGCCCGGUGGCCAAGGCCUCACCCCAGACGUGCCCGGUGGCUGCAGUGGCUAAGACUUCACCCCAGACAUCCCAGCCAGCCACAGUGACCAAGACCCCAUUACAGUCUUGCUUGGCAGCCAUGGUGAACAAGACCCCACCCCAGCCAUCCCCAGCAGCCCCGGUAUCCAAGACCCCAACCCAGAUGCGAGCGACAGCCUCGAUAACCAACCCUUCACCCCAGACACGACCGGCAGCCAUGAUGGCCAAGAUCUCACCACAGAUAUGCCUGUUAGCCUCAAUGAUCAAGCCCCCAACCCAGACACGCCCUGUGGCCGCAAUGACCAAGACUCCGCCCCAGACAUGCCCAGUGCCGGCGAUGGCCAAGACACCUCCCCAGACCCGUCUGGCGGCCAUGGUCACCAAAACCCCAGCCCAAUUCCGCUCGGUGGCUGCCAUCAUCAGGACCCUGUGCCUGCCACCUCCAACAGCUGGAAAUCUGAAGUCUUCACCUCCAGCAGCAGCGGCAGCCGGAGUUCCCAACACCUCAUCCCACACGUAUCUGAACGGACCAAAGGCCAAGGCUGUGGUGGAUGCAAAGCAGACAACAGGGAUGGUCAACAUCUCAUCCCGCUCAUCCUUGCCUGAGGGAAAGGUCAAAUACUUUCCCCCACCACAUCUGGGGGCUGGGACUCCCAAGGCUCCAGCCAGGCCUCCUUUAGAAGCUGAAAAACUCAAGACCUUCUCCCAGAAACAGGUGAAAACGGAAACAGUAUCCAACACCAGUUUGGCCGUUGAAACGCCCAGGGCUUCGCCAUGGGCAAAAGUGACUGAGGACAGGAACAAGUCCUCAUUACAGACACACCUGAGGACCGAUGUCAUGAAGGUUCAAUCCCAGGUGUAUGUGCCUGUAGAAACAGCUGUGGUCCUACCCCGGGGCGAGCCGGCCACAUGUCCGGCCAAGGCCGCGGGAACAUGUCUGGCCAAAGCUCUGCCCCAGGAACGGCUGGCCACGUGUUCAACCACAGCCUCGUCCCAGGGACAGCUGCUUGCUGAGGUGACCGCGACUCUGCCCCAGGCACAUCUGGGCCCAUGUCCGUCCAAGGCCCUGUCCCAGGCACGUCCAUCUGCCAAGCUGACCAAGACCCCAUCCUUUGCACAUCUGGGCACAUGUCUGACCAAAGCACAGUCCCAGGCACAUCUGGCCACAGGAGCAGUAAAGGUCCAAUCUCAAGCACAUCUGCCUACCGGGCUGACCAAGGUGCACUCCCAGGCCCAGCUGGUCACAGAAGCAGCCGAGUGCCUCUAUGGAACCCACCAACCUGCUGAGCUCAGCGGCAAGACCCGGUCGCAGCCGCUCUUGGCUGGGUUCAGGGCCUCCUCCCAGCCUUGUCAUCACGUUGGUGCCCUUGGCACUCUGCCCCGAGCCAAGCCAGAGGACAGACUGACCCGGAUCCAGCCCCACAGCCAUACACAGGGCAAAGCCACCCGGGGCCCAUGCCAGGGGUCCUCCGAGACCCAGAGCAUGCUGAUGCCCCUGUCGGCAUCUGCCAGACACCCCACGCGCAACAUUGAAUCCUGGGGUGACAGUGGAGCUCCCCGGGCCCAGCCGUCGAUGGCCGGCCCAGCCACACCCUGCCAGGAAGAGCUGGCAGCCUCCCAGCUCGCCUCCCUGUGUGCCGAGCUGGCCGCCGAGCUGGGCUCCCAGGAGGACCUCCGUGCCCUGCUGGCGAAAGCCCUCUCCCAGGGGCAAGUGAGGGCAGCCCCGAACCAGGCCCUGACAAAGAAAGUCCUGGGUGCCACGAUGACCAAGGCCCUGCCCCAGGGCAUGCUGGGCACAGCGCUGAUGAAAGUGCUGUCCUGGGGUGAGCUGGGCAUUGCCCUGUCCCGCACCCUGACCCCCACCGAGCUCCGGGCAAAACUCGCUAAGGCCAAGCAGGGCAAACUGGCGGGCGUGCUCAGCAAGGCGCUGACGGAGGAGGAGUGGGCAGCCCUGAGCCAGGCCCUGUGUCAGGGGGAGCUGGGCGCGGUCCUGAGCCAGUCUUUGUCUCAGGCAGCCCUGAGGACCGGAGUCGUCCUCCCCAAGGCCACCUCGCAAACAGCAGGAAGCAGGAUGACUGUGAUGCCGACCCCAGUGGAGGUGGGGAGCCCAUCAGCUGCGUGGGGGCCCACCCUAGGCCCCGUGAGACCACAGCCCAGCAAGGGCCCCGCGGACGCUGUCAGAGCUGGUGGCCAAGCGCGGAACUCUGCCAUCCCCAGUGGAGCCGUCGGGCCCGUGGACGGCGCAGUGACCCCUGGUGGCCCGUGGGAGCCGGCCAGGGCUUCUGUGCCGGGGGACACUGUGGGCAGAGAGGCAGCAGUGAAUCCCAGGCAGCCGGGGAAGCUGAUGGCAUCGAUGCAGGCCGUGGAGAAGAUAAUCAUCCGCGCUGUGGUCGUUAUCCAGGCGCGCACACGUGGCUACCUGGCACGCCGCGCCAUCAAAGCGUGGCACCAGUGGGCCGUCAUCAUCCAGGCCGCCUGGCGUGGCUACUGUGUGCGGCGGGACCUGGCCCGGCUCUCCAGAGCUGCCACCGUCAUCCAGGCCGUGUGGCGGGGCUUCUGUAUCCGCCGGGGCCAAACCCCGCCAGCGUUGCUCCAGGGCGUGUGGGCCGAGAUGGGCGGCAGGACCGGGUGGACCUCUGACCACCGCUGCUUCCAGUCCUGCCAGCCGCACGUCUGCCCCCUCUGCCAGUCCCUGAGUCCCAGGGCGGGGAGCCCGCCCAGUGUGGUGAUGCUCGUGGGUUCCAGCCCCCGCACGUGCCACAUGUGUGGCCACACCCUGCCUACUCGGGUGGUGCACGGCAUGGGCCGGGGCGCCAGAGUCCAGGCAGGCGUCCCAUGGGGCUCUGGCACCCAGACAACCCCCGGGAGCCCCCGGCAGUCCCGUCGCCAGAAUGAGGCAGCCGCGACCAUCCAGUCGGCGUGGAGGGGCUUCAGCGCACGCCGCCAGCUGAGGCAGAAGCAGGUGGCAGCCAAGACGCUUCAAGCCACCUGGCGCGGCCAUCACACUCGGGCCGCCCUCACCACGGAUGCGCUCUUGGGACCAGCAGCGUGGGACGAUCCGCAGUAUAUGCAGUGGCCGGGUGUCUAGGACAUUGGCUGACUGGUGGGGGGACACCAGGAGAG